UUGUUCAUUUGUGGAUUGUUUCUUGUGCGAAGAAUACAAAAUUUUACUUAGUGAAUAUUAUUUUGGAAUAAACAUUCUAUCUGUUUAUAUUCAAUAGAGACGGAAAUAUUUUUAUUUAUUUAUUGUGGUUUUUAUUAUUAUUGCAAUAUUAUUGAACGAUGGCUGAAGACCAAACUACGAACAGUUUGUUCACACUUAACCAAGAAGAUAUAUCUUCAUCCCCUUUUAUCUUACCUCCUACAAGCAAAUCCUGCAGCAUGAACAAACUCUGCCGUCAAGUGUCAAUUGAAUCACCUGGACCAGUUGCAAAGAACUGUGUCUUCAACUUCUAUGUACCCAUUGAAGAUACACCACCUAUGGGUGCUCGGAUUAAAAUUGUAUGUGCUGGUGCUUGUUAUAGGCGUCGAGAUCGUGCAGCAUCUCUAACAAGUAUGUCAUCCGUUUCAUCUGACCUUAGCGAUUAUUGCCCUUCGAUAACAACACAAACAUCACCAGCACAUCAAGGUAUACGUGAGGGUUCUCUAUUUCCUGGUUUCGAAGUAGCUGGCGUUAUUGAAUCAUUAGGUUCAGAAAUAACAGAAGCCAAUAAUUGUGGUCUACAAAUUGGACAACGUGUAAUAGUCUAUCCAUUUGAUGAAGCCCCAGCGGGUUAUGCCGAAUUAAUGGUAGUACCAGAUCUCAAAAAUAUUGUUCCAAUACCAGAUAGUUUACCAAUAAGUGUAGCUGCCAUGCUACCAACAGGUGCUCUUUUAGCAAUGAAUGCUGUAUUCAAAGCGCAUGCCAUUGUCACAGAAAUGCUUAAGAAGCGUUCAGCUGAACAAAAUAAUAAAAAAUGUAAAAUUCUAAUUGUCGGGACUGGUGGUCUUGCUCUAUGGGCUGUACGUAUCGCUUCCUAUCAUUUUGCUUCAACUGGAGCAAAUAAUUUUAUUGAUGUAACAGUUGCUAGUCUAAGAGAUGAAGGAUUCCGUUUAGCAACAGAAAUUAAAGAUGUUAGUGUAGUUCAAUGGAACGAAUGCCUCUACGAACCUCAACUAAUAGAACGUACAAAAGAUGUUUGUGGUGGUCCUGUUGACGUAGUUAUUGAUUUUGGCACAACUUCUAGAAGUCUGCACCGCUCAAUGCACUGUCUCUCCAAGGGUGGUGUUGUACUUAUUAGUGAUGAAGUUGCCGAAAAAUUAAUGCCGAAAUUCUCACGCUUAUCUAAUGAAUAUCAACAAGAGAUUAUACCAAUAUCGAACGGUUCAGUAAAUCAAUUACAUGAUUUAGUUACAUUAGUUGCUAAUAAAAGUAUUGAACCUCCUCCACAUUCGGUUUUCCCAUGUGAACAAGCUGCAGAAGUUAUACAAAAGUUGUGCAAUUCAGAAAUUCCUGGACGUGCCAUAUUACGUUUCCACGAUAUUGAAUAAGCAUUUAAAAAAUAUUUAAGUAAAACUUAAGUUUAAUUAUUGUAUUCAUAACCAAAAUAUCUAUCACUUAAAUGAUUUUGCAUAUUAGUAUUGAGCAUUUUGAUAUACUCAAAAUUAAGGUAAAUAAUUCGAGCAGGUGCGAUGUUAUCUCAUUGAUUGUUAGUACUAAACUAGUUUAAAACACUAAAUUGUUUUUUCGCUUCUAUGUUAGAUCGCACCUACACUUAAUUGAACUUUAAGUUUAGUUUGAUACAAUUGAAUAGGUAUUUAA